UACGUCAUCAACCAGUUCCAGGAGGAUCUGGGGUGCCUCACAGCUGCUACCUCCUCACAGCUAACGAGUAAAAACAAAGCGCCCCCGUGUUAUAAAAGCAGCAGGCAGCGAGGCUAUAUACUUGUGACGGCCGUUUGUCUGAAUGUAUGAAGAGAAAGUAGCACACGUUUUGCACUGACGGGCUUUUUGUAAACCCACCCUAGUUACCAACCAUGUCCGACGCUAGUGACACUGCUACACACAACAGCCGAGACUCUGGGCUCAACGGGUCCUGGGUGGAGCUGGAGAUGAACAGAGGCACCUCAGGGUCAGCCCAGUCAUCGUCCACAGUUAGCCCCUCUCCAGGCCUGCUGCCCCUUCCCCAGGUGGAGGAAGAGGAAGCCAUGGUGGGGGCGCUGGAGCAUGUGCCAUCCUCGUCCUCCAUCCACAAUGGUGACAUGGAGAGGAUCCUGUUGGAUGCCCAGCACGAGUCAAGCCGUAGCAACUCGUCCUGUGAUAGUCCUCCACGGCCCCACACUCCCCAGGAUGAAGGGCAGAUCAUCUUCGACGUGGACGUGACUGGCAGGAGAGACAGUCAAACAGAAGAGGAUGGCUUGGACAAGGAGAGGGACAUGGACAUCCUGAUGAAGGACGCAGAUUGGGUUGCUGACUGGUCUAGUCGACCGGAAAACAUUCCUCCUAAGGAGUUUCAUUUCUGUCACCCUCGACGCUCUGUGACGCUCAGCAUGAGGAAGACUGGCGCCAUGAAAAAAGGAGGCUUCUUCUCUGCCGAGUUCCUCAAAGUCUUCAUCCCAUCGCUGCUGAUUUCACACAUCCUCGCCCUGGGACUCGGAGUGUACAUCGGCAAGAGGUUGACCACGCCCCCCACCAGCUCCUUCUGAAGCUGCACCUGAAGAAAAGUGCCUGAAAAGUAGCCUGGAGCCAGAGAAAGUAUUGCUGUCAUAAGGAGAAGAAUUUCUCCUCCCUCUAUCCUGCUUGCCUCUGCCUCCUCCUCUUUGCUGAGAUAUGACAUGUUCUCAGUAAUGCAUUGGCCUCCUUACCCUCACCCUCCUCCCCUUUUUCUUGACGGGCUUUUCUGACAGUAGAUACCCCCCUCCACCUAUAUCACUCACUUGUAAAAGCUUUUCAAAGAGUGCAUAAGGCUUUUUCGGUUCUCCCCUUAGGUUAUUUUUUUUAAGUGAGGGUCACAGCAUUGAAACCAAACUCUUCUGUCCACUUUUAACCCCAGAUUGUGACGACCAUGAGUUAAAAAGUGAAAAUGCCUUUUACGAAAGCAGCUCUUUUGCUCUUUCUUUGCUGUCAUUUGCUUCUUAUUUAAAUGUAUUUUACCGCAGGAACUAUUAAGUUUACCAGAGUGGCCAUCCCUUACAGCGAGGAAUCACAAGACGAAACAAAGAUGUGAAGAAGUAUUUUGCCGAAAGGCGGAGUGUUGACGAGUGUCGUGCAGGCCGUGUGCGCACCAACAGUAUUUCAAGGUCGGGUCUUGGGUGACAGUGUUGUGGGGUCGAGAAAGCUUCAGACAGCGUGUUAAUGUUCUUUCAGUGCAACUUGACCCUCUUUGUUUGUCUGCAACAUAUCGAAAAGGUACGCUCACUUGGGCUGAUUACCGCGUUACGUUUUGUGGCGAUUUUAAGUUAUCUUAAAUACCGAAAUAUUUGGAGAAAAAACGAGAUCAGAACUAAGUUUUCAAUUGGCUUUCCAACUUUUAUUUUACGCGAGAAAAGUUGCAUAGCACACCACCAAGUGUGCCACAACCUAUUCAGGUUCAUUUUCUACCUUCUGCCAUCUAAUGGAAAAGCAUUUAGUUCUUCUGCCUCUCACAAUAAGCAAAUAAUCAUUUUCGGACCAGUCAAGCGUAAUUGGAUUCCUUUCUGUGUUCGGGAAUGAAAACAAUGGAAUUGGAAAAACAUUUUCUUUUAUCGAAUGGUGAGGUAUCUUUUUUUUGUAGGUAUCCCGUCUUGCGUUCUAACUCCACAACGUCGUGUUGUUAUUUUUGCCGGACUGCUUGAGUUUGGACAGGAGUUCCAUGGCGGUGCUCAAUUUUGUGCGUCUAAAGGCUGAAUUAUGCUUGAGCAGCGGCGUGGCUGAGCACUUGACUUGCAGUACUCUGCGCAAACACUAGGAGCGGUGUUUCGCUGAGUGUAAACAACUACAACUCGGGUUGACUAGCUGUUUAGCUUCCUGUGUAGUAGUAGUGAACAACUGAUCGUUGUUGGAGAUGGAACUAAUCUUUUCACUUUUACUGCUCCUCAAUUUUGGUGGACAUUUUGGUGCUGUCUCAGGACAGAAAAAACGGACAUUACACACUAAAAAAAGGCGACCAAUCACAACUUUGCGGCCUGCGUCGCCAUUGACACAAGGUAAGACUCAUGGGGGCUUAUGCCGGCGCCGUGAUGCUGUAGCGUAAUUCAGCCGCAACCUGUGAUGGAUUUCACUGACUAAAUGUGUGAUUGCAGACACAGAAGUGACAUGUUCAGCAGUAUAGCACACUGAAGAAAAGCGUGGACAGCUCAAGACCCGGGUCUGCCAUGCUUCGGUUGUCCCGUCUCACAGCACAGCAGAGCUCGACUGCAUGACGUUAAUGAGCAAGUUUCGUUGAGCUCAAUAAAUCAUUCCAUGCCCGAGAACUGAACAUGCACAGCAGGGAUUCGGUCAGGUGGAUGAACAAAAGGAAUCAACACUCUUUACUGCCUCCAAGUGAAGUCUUUCCCCGAAAGAGCUGACACUCGUACUCCACUUGGAGCCAAAUGCCAAAUCUAUCACGUAUGAAAAUGCAGUGUAGAUCAAAUGUGAUCUUUUGUGAAGUACGGUACUAAUGGAAGCAAUGACCCAGCAGGUCAGUCCUUACCAUUUUGUACAAAACCAAAAGAAAAAAACAUCAACUAUAAGAGUGGUGAUUUUCACCAUUUCGCCCCAAAUGUGACUUCUCUACUCUUCUAUGAGACAUUUGUGCUCCUGUUUUAAAAUGUGCGGCUUUCAGAAAGCUGAUUUUGUUUUGACUUUGCCUCCUUUUGUGUAAAAGUACAGAGCAGGAGUCACGUUGUUCCAAAGUAAAGCCUGUUUUGUUAACUAAUGACUGGUCCUAACAGUACUUAUUGUCAUGCAUUUGCUUGAUUUUUUUUUUCCUAUUGCAUUCAAGAAAUGAGAAACCUUUUUGUCAUUAAAGAUAACCUGAAUGAAUAUUUU